UUCGGUAGCGCUGGCAGUGGGGUUGGCGUGGUGCCGGUUGGGGAACUGGCAGCCUUGAAGCAUUGCCGACGACGGAAAGCCCGAACUGUAUUCAGCGAUCAGCAACUGGCGGGUUUGGAGGCGAGGUUCGAGGUGCAGAGAUACCUAAGCACGCCCGAGAGGGUAGAGCUGGCGGCGGCAUUACACCUGUCCGAGACCCAAGUGAAAACGUGGUUUCAAAAUCGUCGGAUGAAGCACAAGAAGCAGCUGAGGAAGUUGAACACGAGCGGCAGUGGCAAUUCCAAUUCGGGGCAACAAUCGAUAUCCGUUACGUCGCCCGCUGAACGUCCCGUAGACUUUUCGCUGAGCGGCGGCCGCGAGUCGCGCGCGAGCAGCGACGCGCCCGUGGACUCCGACGACGAGGACGACGACGAGAUCGACGUGCUGGGCGACGAGACGCCGUCGCCGACACCGACGCCGACGGCGACGCCAACCCCGACGCCGACCCCGGCACCGGCGCCCACGCCAACGCCGACGUCGACGCCGACCUUGACGUCGGCAUCGACGAUCUCCACCCCAACGUCGACGCGAAGCGGCAUCCUGCCCCUGUCCAGACGCGGCACGCCACCGAGGAUUCUCCACGCGACGAUCCAUCCGCAUCCGCACUCGCAUCCGCACCCGCAUUCUCAUCCGCAUCCACACCCGGUCGGCCUGCACCAUCCGCCGCAACACGGCCAGCAUUCCGCCCAACGUCAGCAUCGCUGAGGCACGUCACGACGUGGUCGAGAGUCACCGCUCGUUUCUUGCUCCAGAAUAUCACGGCAACCGCGCGUUAGAGAGGAAACGGAUGAUCCUCGUCCGAUGGUAUCGGUCCCCCCCGGUAUCCCGCGACGACCGGAUCUACCGAGAAUUCACCUAGAGUAAAGCUUGCCGCGUAACGGAGAAACACGGAAUUCGGCAGAGAUC